UUGUCGGUGGUGGCAAUUGUCUCAUUACGUUGGUAGUGGUUAACGAUCCUCUUCAGUUCCGUGGUUUUUGGGCAAAAAUAGGUGUUAAAACGCGCAAUGCGUCGCGUCUUCAAUAGCGUUAACUUGACGGAAAUAAAACGGACAAAAAUAUAAAAAAAAAUAAAUAUAUUUUUGAUAAAAGAAUUGUAAUCGGAUGAAGUGUAAUAUUAAGAAGAUAUUUAAAUAAAAUAAUUUUCUUAAAAUAAAAUAAAAAAAAAUUAUAAAUUUUUUAUAUAUACUUUUUUAUCGCUUGCUUAUAUGCAAAUAUUAAGUUCCAUGGUGUGUGAAAGUGUUAUUCACUCAAAAAUGCAUCUUAAGAUGGAACCACAAGCGCAACAACAGCAACAACAAGAUCAAUUGCAGCAGCAGCAACAACAACAAAGGUAUCAACAGCAACAAGUACAACAAUCGCCUGAAAAAUAUCACACACAUUUAUUGGAUAAAAUCAAAACGGAAAGUAAUGGUCCGGAGCAUUUAAAUCAUACAAAUGUUAAUACGGUAAUAGAAAAACAAACGUCAGUUGAACAACAGCAGCAGCCACAGCAAUUAACCACUCAGCAUCAUCAACAACAACAGCAGCAGCAACAGCAGUUACCACCAGCAACUCAACAACAAGUACAACAGCAACAAAAUCCCACCACCAUCAUACAUUCCCAACAAUCCCAACCCAUUAAUGCUGUAAUACAAACACAAAACAAUCAGUCACAACAACAACAGCAGCAACAACAACAACCUCAACAACCCCAACAUCAACAGCAUCCCAGUCAGGAAGAAUAUGCACCCUUACAAAGGACCCAACAACGCAGAUUUAUAACAACAUCCGGAGAACUAGUACAUCGUGAUUCCGAAGAUCCCGAAACGGUUGGAGAAUACCAACGCCAACAUCAUUCACCGCCCGAGUAUGUACAAAUGGCUCCACGCAAUGAGGAGCAACAGCCACCACCAGGUACCACUGUCUACACAUAUACGACCAAUGAGAAUGGUCAACCCAUUAUAUGUACAGCUGAUGCCACAAGUGGCACUAUUAAACUAGAGUCCAUUGAUAAAGAUCAAGUGCAAAAUGAAGCCACACAACAACUUCAGCAACAACAGCAGCAGCAGCAACAUCAACAAUGUCCCACCCCUAAUGGCAACUAUACUACCGAAUCAAUGGUGGUCCCAAGUUCAGCAUUACAUCAUCAAAAUCCCCACAAUUUGUCCAGUUCAGGUCACGCACCCCUACCCCACCCCACCCAUUUGUUGCGUUUUGAAGAGGACAAUCGUUUUGGACAAAGUCUCCACGAUAAUGGUAAUGGUCCCGCCACUCUAUACUAUGAAACGGCUGUUGUUGAUCCCAAUGGUCAUCCCAAUGAAUCGAAAACUUUUACAGAUUUGGGCAAUGCCCAAUAUUUGAACUAUUCGUCCACGUCUUCAUAUCAGUUGAGUCAAAAUAAUACCAUCUAUAGUGUAUCACCGGCACCAAAUCAAUUGAUAACCAAAAAUGAUCCCAGUUUAAAUAUACUCCGGCAACCAGUGCAAUAUCAAUCAAUGGCUUUGUUUGAUUCGGUCAAUAGCUCGGUGACCGAGCAGAGUAUAUGGCCUACGGCGGGUGUGGAAUAUUCCAAUAUGGGCUUUAAUUAUCAUCAGCAGGUGGUUGAAGAUUAUCCAUCGGGCAAUAUAGCCGCUGGCUCUUGGGCCCCCACCAGUUCCAUAACACACUAUGAAGCUCCUCCCCCCUUAGCGGACAAAUGUGAACAAUGCAAUUCUCCUUUGGGCAGUAAAGUGAACGGUUAUUGUCCUUCAUGUUAUGGAGGUCCCAUACGUCAAAACGUACGUGUGGGUCCCAGACAAACCAAACCCAAAGCUUCUGCGGCCGCUGCCAAUAAUAGACGGACUGGUGUAACCUGUGCCAACUGUCAAACGAAUUCGACGACUUUGUGGCGCCGUAACAAUGACGGUAAUCCCGUUUGCAAUGCCUGUGGCCUGUACUACAAACUACACAACAUGAAUCGUCCGCUUUCCAUGAAAAAAGAAGGCAUACAAAAACGUAAACGUAAACCAAAGAACAGUGGGGUUCCACCCAUGAGACCUCAAUUACCCAGUUUUCUAGGUCUACCACCAGGUGGCGGCAACUUAAUGGUGCACUCCAAUGGUCCUUUGUAUCCCUCACAAGUUCAAACUAUAGGCCUACCCUUAAAUGCUCAACCUCCGAAUACAGCUGACUUGCAAGACAUGACUACAACAGCACCUCGAACGAUAUCUAUUGGUCAUCCUGAUAUGACUUUGAAUAUGUCACGGCCCCAUGUGACUUCGGAUAGUCAUUCUCCAUAUAGCAAUUCGCCAUCGCAGAGUCAGUCACCUCAUCUACCAAGUACAGCGAAUUUUAAAGUGCCAAAAAUUGAAGUGCCGCAAACAACACAGAGCAGUGAAAUACCCACCAGUGUUAUAACACGUACUGGUCUACCAGAACGUGCAUCGAAUAAUUAAAGUCAAUAAUAAGGAAACCCAAAAUACAAAAACUAUUUAUGCCAAUAUAUUUUUGAGAUCGAAGGUUAAGAAUUUAUCAAAAUGAGUGAAAGGAAAGAUUGUGCCAAAUAUUUUACAUUUAAAAAUUAAUUCACAUUUAAGGUAUAAAAUAGAAUAACUUGCUGAAACAAUCAUUGCACGAGUAUUGUACAAUAUCAAGAAAAGAAAUUUGUAAAUUAAAAAUAUGGAUUUGAAAAUCAGAUCCGAGUUGUUUUUUUAUUAUCUUAAAACUGAAAAAUUUCCUUAAUUUUCAAUUAAAGACAUUUUAAAUAUUUAUUUAAGUAACACCCAGUAAAUAAUUUUUUUUAUAUAUUAGUAAUUUUAAGUAUAAUAAUAUUUAAAACAAGAGACUACUUUAAUUUUAUAUACUUUUUAAUAAUUAUUAAUAAUUUUCCAUUUGUAAUAAUUUAAUUAAUCAAAUUAUUUUAAAUGAUUUGUAAAAUUAGUUGAAUUUUUUUUUAGUAAAUAAAUAAAUAUUGUAUUGUAUUUUUUUUAUAUAUAUGUAUGUAGAACUCCAAAGAAAAACAAUUUGUAAAUUAAUGAAAAACAAAAAAUAAAACUAAAAUAAAAUAAAUGAGUUAUAAGCCAAAUUAAGCACUAA